GUUUGCCCGCCGUCAAAUGUAAACAAAAAAAUCGUUGUUAAUCACGUCGUAUCCGCAUAGCAAGCAACUGAGUAAAUUUAAAGCAUAUUUUACGUGACAAAAGUAGUGUUUUUUCCUCAAUCGGCGAUAAAAAAGCGGAAAAAAUGGAUUCGGACGAUAAUUGCUUAGUUAUCGACGAGAGUAUGGACGUAGAUAUGGAGGUAACAUCGACAACACAAAGUCGUGCUGAAACUCCAGUUAGUGGAAUCGAAACCAGUAAAGAUAAGACUCCGCACGAAAAUUGGAUAAAUUCAUCGCACAAAUCAUCUGAAGAUGGUACUCCAAAGCAAAAAGAACGAAAUGCCGAUCGAAACAGAAAUAAAUCGACAUCAACACCGAGCAAGGACCGAAAACGCAGUAUGUCAAAGCGUUCCCACUACAUUCGUUUGACGCCAAAUGUGUUCCGAGAAAAAACAUUGAAUGUCACAGCCCAGAAGCACCAAUUGUACAACAUGCAAUUUUCGGUAAAAGGAAGCCUAUUGAUUGGAGAAACGCCAUCGGUUUAUCCCGCCCAAACGCCAUUUCCUGAUCUCAAUUUGACGCAAUUGUUGAAUUGGCCCGGCAUCAAAAUUAACAUUAGUCUCGAACAUUUCUCAUUCAAUCACGAGCUUAAGGAAAACUGUGUACGUGACAUUGUGUUUGGAGACGAGGUAAUGCUGAAUAUUGAUACACAAAAGAAUCCGGCUGAGACUCGAUACCUGCAAAAAGUGCCAUCAAGCAAAACAUAUGCAAUGGUAUGCAAAGAAAUGGUGGAAACGUAUGUGAAAUCGUUGAUGGAAGCCGCACCGUUAUACGAGGUUGGACCAUCCAAGUUGCCUGAAAUUGAAAAAUCUUUCCAGAAAAUACUCGAUAACAUCGCCACCGUACCAUUUGCAUCGAUUCAAACCCGAAUCACACACACACGUUUCCUAAAUGAACAAAAAUACUAUCGAGUGUUUGACAAUGACUCAGGCGCAGUUGCCGCUGCUGACAACAACAAUUUGAAGGUUAGGUUACGCGAAACCAUCAAUCCCGAAGCGAUUUUUUGGAUCCGUCGAUGCGAUUUUACAUUGGAUCAAAUUGAUGUUUGGUACGAUGCAAUUGACGAAUUUUUCGAAAAUAUUUUCGUGAAGAAAGGCGAUCGAAUCAAAGAGACAUUACGGGAUCGGUUCAAGAAGUGUCUCACCUUGAAGUGUGAAUCAUGCAACGAAAGUUUUGAAGGUGCACUGUGGGCCGUCAAACUGAAGGAUCACAUCAAGCAAAAACAUUUUGUCGACAAAGAAUGGACCUGUGUCAAAUGUAAGCGCUCAUGGGAACAGUUUGAACUACUUCAAAUGGGAUGGAAACACGAUUGCUCAUUCAACGACCACUAAUCAACACGUAAUACACCAACACAAUGUAUACAAACAAAAGUCAACAUUUGGAACAUUUUCAAUACCUCACACUUGAAUUUCAAAGAUCUGCUCAUUCGUUUAGGGACUAAAAGACUAAAAAACCAACAAAAAAAAAACAACCACACUUAUCGCAUAUAUAUAUUCAUAUUUAUCUUUUCAUGUUUCACAUUUUUUUCACACUUCAAGUUUACCUAAUUAAUAAAUUUACCUGACUUCAAAGAAUGAAACCAAAUCUAGGCGAUAUAUAUAUAUGUAUAAAGAAAACUUUGAAUUAAACGAAAUAAACUUAAAUUAAACUACAAAACAAAA